AUGGCUACCUUGACUCUUAACGGAAGGAUGCCACCUUCUUCGGUAACCACGACAACCGUGCCCACCAUGGAUACACCACCGCUUACACCAAUGCUAAAACCAUUUAUGAUGAGUCCGACAAGUGCUGUGAAUCAUUCUGGAUCUUUAUACCAUAAUUGCCGCUCAGUCCUAGAUAAAUUAUCUUUAAUCGACGGAAUGACAGAAUACCUUGAUAAACAGGCAGAUACAACAGAUCCUCUAUCCAAACUUACUGCUAUUUGUCGUCAAGGCUUUCCACUAUGCAAACUAUACAAUGCUUUGAAUCCUACCGAACCACUUAGCGUAGACACUGAUCCGAAUUUGAAUGCCCGUAAUUCUUGCAAAGCCAAUGUAUAUCACUUCAUUGUCGCUUGUCGUGACAAGCUACUAUUUCCUGAAGAAGACAUGUUUACCAUCUCUGACCUUUAUCAGGAUGAUACCAACGGUUUUGUAAAGGUUGUUCAUACAAUCAAUAAGCUAUUGCAAUUAUUGGAGGAGCGGGGAUUGAUUGUCGUUAGGUCUUCCAAUAGGAACUCAGAUCCAAAUGCUCCUAAAAAUACAAGAGACAAAGUUGUAUUGGAACUACUUGAGACUGAACGCAAGUAUGUUCAAGAUAUGGAGAUACUUCAGAAUUACAUGCGUGAACUACAGAGUCAGAAAGUAAUAUCUCCUGACACAAUACACUACUUAUUUGGCAACUUGAAUGCUUUGGUUGAUUUCCAACGCCGCUUCCUUAUCCAACUGGAAGAAAUCGCUGAAAAGUCUCCUCAGGAGCAAAGGAUUGGCAACCUGUUUCUUCAAAUGGAGAAUUCCUUCUCUGUAUAUGAGCCUUAUUGCGCAAAUUAUUAUUCUGCUCAAGAUUUGGUUGUACAAGAAACUCCUCGUCUAAUGAAAUUAGCUGACAUUCUGGAUCCUACAUAUCAGCUGCCUUCUUUGCUUAUCAAGCCAGUCCAACGAAUCUGCAAGUACCCUCUUCUCCUACAGGAACUAGUCAAGAGUACAAACAAGGAUUUCCCCUAUUAUUAUGAAUCUCUCGAAGCUGUUGAUGCUAUUAAACGUGUAGCCGAAAAAGUAAAUGAAACUCAGCGACAGCACGAGAACGUUCAAGCUGUUCAGGAGCUCAAAAAACGAUUGGACGACUUGAAUAAUUUACCUCUGGAUGGUUUUGGCAAUCUUUUGAUGCAAGACAAGUUGUUUGCUAUGACUGCUGAUAAUCAUGAACGCGAGCUUCAUGCAUUUCUUUUUGAGCGAACAUUACUCCUCUGCAAGGAAUCAAAGGGUAAUAAUAUCCUCCCGACUAAUACCUUGUCCAAGAAGAAACGUCGUGGUAGUCUUGUACCCAAAGUGAUUGCUGAUGCCGGGUGUAUCUCGGAAAUGAAGAGUCAGUGUAACAAAAACGGUGUUUGGUCUAUGUCAAUACGUUUGAAUGAACACGAACUGAAACAGUUAUCGAUCAAGUUCCGUAACGAAGAGCAACUGAAGCUAUGGUCCGCAGCCUUAACCAAGGUGCAAAAGAAGGCGCUUGAGUCUGAAGCUGAAUUACUCUCUAUGCAACUGGCUUCUCGUACUUAUGACGACUAUGAUGAGGAAGAUCUCUAUGGUGAUGAAGAUGAAGAAGAUUAUCACUCUACGAGCACGACUACCACGUCAACAACCGCUAGGUCUCGUUCUGGAUCAUUCAGUAGUCAUCAUCAUGUCAUGAUGCCUCCCUUGAUUCUCAAGGCCUCACAAAGCACAAGUGUAGGACGUCCCCACCAGAAUGUUCCUGGAAUGAACCUGUCACCUUUGCCUCGAUCCAAUUCGAGCUUUUCAACCGUGUCACAGAAUCAUUAUAACUAUUACCCAGCUUCACCCCCUCCUUCUCAUCCUUCGUCACCUAUAUCAAGCACCACUCGAGCAGUCAAUACCAAUGCUUUUUGUUGGCCAGAGGAUAAUAUACCCGAGUUGCCUAGUGAAGCAUUUGUGCAGCAACACUUGCAUCAGCAUACACUUGCUAAAACGGGUCGCUCAAAGUCUCAACCCUCUGGUGAAUCAAAGAAUCAGCAAUCACCCUUGCCUAAUAACCGCCUUCGUUCACAGAGCAGUCCAAACCUGAUGAAGAAUGCAAACACUGUAUCGCAGAUCAUGGAGUCUUUGCCACCCCUUCGUCAGUCUAUUGGUAAGCCGUCGGAACCUGAAAUGAAGCCAUCUACGAGUACCCGUUUGGCUGAUAUCGUCAUGACUCCUUCCAGUACGACCAGUACACCAACUUCAUCCUCUGGAGCUAUGAAGAUUAAGCUCAACUUCAAUAACAACAUUUAUGUCAUUGUGACAAAUCAAAAUAUCACUUUUUAUGAUUUAAUGGAAAAGAUAGAUCGAAAAAUCCGAUUGAUAGCCAAUCUUAAGCCUACAGAUGUGCUACGCUUAAAGUAUCAAGAUGAAGAAAGAGAUUUUAUCACCAUCAAUUCAGACGAUGAUGUUCAGAUGGCCUUUGAGGCUGGUGGAAGCACUAACACUGCCAAUCUCUUUGUUAGUAUCUAA